CCUUGGCGGCGCUUGGCUGCGGCUGCAUUCACGGAAGGCGCCCGAAAACGCUUCGGAAAAAGGCAUCGGGGGCAGCGCGCGUUCGUGUCGCCCAUUGUUAUCCUCGUCGCGUGUAAUGGCUACCGUAGAGUUUGUUGACGGUGCUCGGUCUGCUUGUUCGCGCAUCGGCCUAUCUUGAGCCACGGUACGCGGCGACGUGGCCCAACCUUACGGAAACAAAAUCAAAGAGAGCUUUAACGCUGAGGUACCGCCAAUUUUAUGCAACCGAGAAACCCGCGCUCCGUAACCAGUCGCCGCAACCGCCACCGCGCUUGGACGACAUGAUCUGCGCGGGUCAACGCUGCUCAUUGACAAGCGUGUAACUCAAAACUGAUUUCGCGGCAUCCACAACAGGCGAAAUCUGACCGGCGUUGUGCCCAGUGUUAAUUUUAACGGGAUCUAACGUAUUAAAAAGGUGUAUCAAAGCACUAAAUCGAUCGCCAUUGAUUUUUCCGUCGCGACCACGGCCCUACCGACACGAGGAAUUUGUUUCUCGGAUGUUGUAUAGGACGAAACAUAUAAAUUAGUUAUUAAGGUAUCACGAUCACCAGGAAUAGUAGUGACCAGCUGCGCGGCAUUCCGCGCCGCAGUCAUGGCAACUAGAAGAUCAUCCGUUUGGCACCCAGACAUGUAACCCGCGGCGCCCGUGUAGACUAUCACAUGGUCAAAGGCAACACAUCAAUGGCCCUAGAAUCAAAUGGCAGCAACGUGGUGUGGUUGAACACAACCCGUCCUGAUCAAAUACAACAGAGCCAACCAAUCGAACAGCCAGUGAAGUGUUCCAUGUUUACUCAAACUGAGCAAACCAAUAGUUUUACUCAGACGGAGCAGAGUAAUUCGAGCUACGGCGAUCAAAGACAGCAACAAGCAGCUAUGUUUGACCCACAACAAAUACAGCAGCAGCAAGCUGCUCAAGGUCAACAAUCGCAACAGCAACAAUCUCAGCAGAUGUAUGUUACAACAGAUAAGAAAGAGGAUAAAUCCCAGCAGCAAUCUGCAACUGCAGACUUCCCUUUCUAUUACAAUGUCAACAUGCUCCAAAAGGUUCAAACAAAUGCAGUGAGCACAAUCGGUGCAAUUACAACCGAUGACAAGGGUUGUUAUCGUUUUGAUGUUCAACCUGUCGGUUAUAACACAUUAUUGAAUCAGAUGAGUAUUGCGGCUGCUACCAAUGCAACCUUCAAAUGUGAUAUUUGUGGUUUGGUCUUUGGGCAUAUGAGUUUGCUGAAUCAUCAUAAACGGAUUCAUAAUACAACACCUAGUAAUCUUCAGCAACAACCACAGCAAGUUGUUGUACAAACACCUACAACAGUUACUGUUGCAACUACACCAGAAAGACCAUAUACCUGUGAUGUGUGUGGAGCUUGUUUUGCAUUACCAGGAGAAUUAAAAAGCCAUAAGACAAAUAUGCACCAAAAACCAAAGGUGCAGAUUUGUGAAGAUUGUGGCAGUGAAGACCCUUGUGAACAUCAUCCUACUAAAAUUAAAAAGACUAUCAAACCUGGUCAUCAUCCUGUAAAACGAAGGGGUGUCACCAGUGUUACUAAGUGUCAUAAAUGUAAUGGCACAGGAAUAAUUUUUAUUGGUAAACACGACGAAAAACUAGAUUCUGGAAUCAGUUCCCUCGCAAAGUGUGGCGGCUGCAAGGCAACAGGCCGCAUCAUCAUAGGAAGCGGUAAACAGAACAGUCAAAAUCAGGCAGAGAAGCCGUUUCAUUGCAACGUAUGUGAUGGAACAUUCUCCAGAUAUUCGUCACUUUGGUCCCAUAAGAGACUUCAUUCUGGAGACAAACCUUUCAAGUGCGAAGUUUGUGGCUUAGCUUUCGCAAAAGCUGCUUAUCUAAAAAAUCAUGGACGAGUGCAUACUGGUGAAAAACCGUUUAAAUGUAGUGUUUGUGGUAUGCAGUUUUCGCAAAGUCCUCAUUUAAAGAAUCAUGAGAGAAUUCAUUCUGGUGAACGUCCUUAUCAGUGUGAAGUGUGUGAAAAAACAUUCGCCAGACAUUCGACCCUUUGGAAUCACAGAAGAAUUCAUACUGGUGAAAAACCUUAUAGAUGUAAUAUAUGCGGUUCGGCCUUUAAUCAAGCUACACAUCUGAAAAAUCACGCGAAGGUUCACACUGGUGAAAAGCCUCAUAGAUGUGAUAUAUGUGAGAUCGGAUUUUCCGAUCGCUUCGCAUUAAAGCGUCAUCGUGCAAUUCAUGAAAAGUACGGUCAAACUGCCCGAAGUCAGAAUGCGAAUAAUCCAAGUAACGCACAGCAAGCGAACGCGAGUAAUCAGCAGCAACAGCAGCAGCAGCAGCAACAGCAGCCUCAACAAGCACAGCAAGGUCAACAGGUUGUCGUAGUGAAUGCCACGACUCCUGUUACCGUAAGUCAAGGUCAAGGGCAAGCGGUAAUGCUCGAAGAAGUCUACAAGUGUCAGGUGACCUUCCCAGAGCCUAAAUGAUUCAGCUAGAGAAUACCUUUCAGGAGCUGGUAAAGGGGUUAAUCUUUUAACCUUUUUAAACAAACAAAUAAAAAGUAAUUAACAUUGAAAAUGCAACGUACAUGUGAACGUAUGCAAAAAAAAUGUAAAAGGAGAUAUGGAUAACAUUGAUGAGGAGACAGGUUUCCAGAGUGACUGGCAGCACAUUUUAUGUGCACAUUCUGUGGGAGGAUUAUUUGGUGACAGUCGGGUAUAUCUUAAAUAAAUACGCAUGGAAAGGGGAUACGAUUUAAAAAAAAAGAGAGACUCAGCGAUAGUUUACGCGAGUGAGUAAUUUUCAUAGGAUGUGACUCGGAAGAGUACGGCUCGUAAAAAAUCGAAACACUCUCCCGACCACCGGUAGUAACAAAGACAAAUUUUUUGUGAAUGAAUCCGGAGCGAUAUUAAAAGGAAGAAUGAAGUAAAGAAGAAAUAUUAAUAAAUCUACUUUAUAUUUUCUCACUUGAGAUAGACGCAUUAUUUAGAAACAUUAAUAUCGGAUCAAAUAACAUCAUUAGAAUCGUUUCUAACGAUAUUGUAGUUACUUCCAUUGGUUUGUGAAUGCCAAAUUGCAAAUUAAUUUUUGUUUCUUUUUUUUUCUUGUGUAUUCGUGGGUCAUACCCGUCGCUCUGAACAAAGUUUAAUACAGAAAGGUUAUAGUGAACGUAAUUAUAUAUAUACAGGUUCUGUGACUCAUUGAAUGAUAAAAAACACAUGUGAUAGCUUCGAGUGUAUCUUGGCUAAGCAGGAAGUGACAGUAAUCUGAUCACUCUAAUACUAUGCAUGCUAUGCAUUUUAUUAACGUCGUAGCUAAAUGUUUCAGAAACGGAUCUAAAAAAUACAAAUGUCAAUAAGUUUAUAGCGAAACGACAGAUUUAUUUUAAAUGCCUGAACCUCGGCCCUUGUUUAUUAUUGUUUAAGUGAAAAAAUGAAAUUGAUGAAUAUUGAUUUAUACAUAUUAUAUGGUAAUCUUGUUUGUUUUUACAAAUUGAAAUCAAGAAUUAACUUAAGCAAAAAAAAAGAAUAAAAUGAAGAAAAAAUAGGAAUGUUAAAAUUAAAAUAUGACAAAGAAAACAUGUAAAUCGUCAUCGAAAAGGGAAGCUAUUGUCAUUUUUGCAUACGUCUUUAUGUUAUGAAACUGAAGUCGUGGUACGGAACGAUAUCGCGAUUUGAGCGAGCCCUCUUCCGUCCAGUCAUUCGGGAUCACAAGAAAAAACUAAUUAUUGCGUUAUUGCAAUGACAACGACCACGAUUUAACAAAAUAAAAAAGAGGAAUAUGGCGAUGACAAAGGUAACGUGUCACGCGAAGAGGAUUUCUAUCUCACACGGAGCUGCAAUAAAUAAUAGUGAAUAUCGACGGGCAGACUAAUCUGUUUUAUAAUUUUAAGACCGUGGACUAUAAUGGAUAUCAGUUACUAAAAUAGUUGCUAGUUUGUAACAGCAAAAUAGUUGGCUAGAUUAUCUAUACAAUAUAUACAUAAUUAAUUUUUAUAUCCCCAUUUGUUAAGGACGAUGGCCAAACACCAUCGCUGCGAACUCUUAAAAUAGCGGUGAAUCUGAAAUCGGUUCGAUUGUAAUUUUUAAAAAAAAGACAUCAACGGUUUCAUACUUACCAACUGGUCUGUAACUUUUGAUAAUGGCAAUGAUCAGGAUGCCACAUACGCCAUUUUGAGGCAAAGAAACACACUGUUCCUCGGACAUCUACAUCAACUGUAUAUUUUUUCCGCCAUAUAAAAUUUUCUUUUUUGAUAUCUCUUAAUUGUUUCGAAUAACUUUUGUAUUAUUCCCCUAUUUCGUCUUUGUCGAGAAUAAUUAAUGAAAUUAAAUAUUUCUUUUCUCUUUUUUCUUAACUUCACUAAACAAAUUGUCGCUAAUAGGAACCAUUAACAAUGAAACUUAAUUUUUCAAUAGCUAUAUCAACUUGAUAUUCAAACUGUUUUUGUACGAAAACGAAACGAAUAAAGUAAAUAAUUAUUGUAAUAAAUGAAUCCUAAAACGUAUACGGCGAACAUACGACUAUAUGGCUCGGUGAUGUCCCAAGAAUCGUUUUUUUUUAUACAGUAUAUAAACUGAUUAUUUAAGUAUUAACGGAGAAACACUAUCGAAACGAAAUAGGUGAUCACAAAGUGAUCUACCCUCUGCAAUCAAAUCGUUGAUCGGUAAUGGAGAAUUUUUUCAAAGAAAAUCUGGGAUUGGGGAUUACUUUGUUUUUAUCGCUAUAACUUGUAAAAUAAAGAUAAUACUAUUAUGUUUAAUUUACUUUUAAUGUGGUCAUAAUACCUGCUACAGUAUUUUCGAUUAGAUUAGAAAAACUUUUCUCUUCGGUGUUCCCUGAAUUUUCCGUUCAUCUGAUGCUUUUUGAUUAUAUUAUAUAUUUUUUCUUUCUUUUUUUAGUCACACAGUCCUUUACAAGUUUCAACGCUUUCCACAAAACUACGUUUUCGUUUCUAUUUUCCUAAGACUGAGUGGUACACAGUUUAGUUGUCUUAACGGUAUGCUUCGCCUUAGCAUGCCAGUGCAAUGAUUUCUUCUUAAAUUAUUGUUUAAAUUAAUUGUGUAAAACUAUGUAAUUGUAGUUCUUCGAAUAGUAAUCGUCGAUAUUCUUGAAUUUUCUAUUGUUCCUUUAAUUGAAACUCAGCCACUUUAGUCGAGGAUAGUAAAAACUUGUAAAUGAUCACCCAAGUUAGAGUGUUUGAAAUAAACGACAUUUCCUCUGUUACUUCUUUGUAUGACAGUGAUCUACAGUUCCCGAGGAAAAACAGAGUUUGUAAAUAUAUGUAUUAAUAAUUAUACGAUGUCUCCAGGUCGAAGAGGAGGGCUCUAAUCGUAGCGUUUUAUAAAACGACUCACUUUCGUUCGAUUAAGCGAGUGAAAGCAUGAAAAAAUUAGAAGAAAGACAAACACGAUUCUUAAUCUGUCGAAUCCCAAGGCGAGAGCUUGAAAUUGUAAUGUCUUAGAUGCGAUUUGAUGGGAAAAACUGCUCGAAAUAAUUACGGAAUCAAAUGUUAGAAGGAUUCUGGUAAAGUAUUCAAUUUUCUAAAAUUUCCAAUUGGAAAGAUUCAAUGUUUUUAAAAUUUGUAAUUUCCUUUUUUUUUUCGGUUAUUUCUACGUUUCGAUUGAUUUUUUCAGAAUCUGAUUCACAUGAGCGACUCCCAUAAUUGUUUUGAGCAGUUCCGAAUUGCUGCUUAUAAAUUAGCAAGAUUUUUGUAUCGAAAGAUUAUCGGGCCCUUUUGUUCGAACGAACUAACGCACUUUUAUAAUAUUGUACCUACGUUAAAUAGGAGACCUAUCACCGAGAAAGGUUUAUAAGGAUUGUAAGUAACUAGGUGAAUAAGUAAUUUUAGGGUUCGCGUCGUAGAAAUUAUCGAAGGAGAUACGGGACUGUUCAUAAAGCAACCCCAUAAAUCGUGAUAUUCAAUAAAUUGCUAAUCAGUGCCAUUUAUGAAUAAAUAUUUCUGUUUUCCUUUUCUGUUUCUUUUUUCAAAUUGGCCAUUUUAAGCACUGACGUACCCCUUCUUCGCUCCCUUGCAAAAUCUGGUAAUUUUUUUUAUCAGGCUCCUUAGAUAAUAUUCUGCGUACGAAAUGAAAAUUCGGAGCUUCCAUUUUAAUCAAAACGCCUGGAAGCGUCUUCCUGAGCCUCGCGAGAAUAUAUUCUGACCUAUGUUCGGUUGUACAUAAGCUCACGAAUUCAAAUCGCAAAUGAACUUAAAGGGAAGAAAGAAAUGAAAUUACUUUGUUCUAUAUUGCGUUCGAAACGUAUCGAUCAAUUUACGUAAUCAUGGAAUCCUUCCUUGAUCGUUUGAGGAAUUAAGGGUCGAGGUUUCAGGACCAUCAUGUAACCCGGCAAUUUCUUUGUAAUCGCAUUGAGAAGGACUAUUGAAGCGCCAGAAAAUGUACGAUUUUUUUCGACGAUAAGAAUCAUCGAAGACGAUCAGUGUCCUUAAAACGUUCGACCCUUUUGCGACCGCGUUGAUUUUGAAGUACUGACGGCUUAAUGAAUUUGCGCAUGCCAUUCACUCAAUGAUUAAUUCUUAUCUGGAUUUUAAAGAACGAAAACAAAGAAAGGCUCUUAACGUAACAGUAUUUUAUAAUAUAAACGGUAACACACUGAUGUCAAUGUCCAGAUAAGGAUUAAGCAGGCAUAUCGAGGUGAUUAUACGUAAAAACAAAACUUUGUAUAAGUAUAUAUUGUAUAAGUCUUGUAACGUGUACAGUUUUUUCGUCCGUGUUCGAAGGAAAGACGAAGGGUUUUUGUACAAAACUAUCCUCGUUAAAACACUACAGACACACGCAAAGGAAAAACGGGCUUUUGCGAUUCUCUUCCUUUUUUCCGGUUCGCGUUCUUUUUAUUUUUCUCCCUCCUUUUGAUAACAAUAUUCGUCGUCUAGCCAAAAAAGAAAGAACAAGCGAAAAGGAAGGUAGAAACUAGAAAAAUAAACGGAAGUGGAGAAAACAUUACGAGUACACGGUAUACGGUACUGACUAUACCGCAAUUAACGUAGGAACAUAUUCGUAAAUAUUUAAAAUGGAGAAAAAUCGUGGAAGAGAGAAGGAUGGAAAUCAUGAAUGAAGCCUAGGUAUAGCGUGCAAUUUUAUGAAAUUUCUUAAUUUAAAAAAAAAAUAAAUAAGGAAGAAAAAGAAGAGGAAGGAUAAACGGAAUGAAAAACAAGGAAAUAUGCAGUCCUAUCGCGAUAUAGAUUAAUUUUUACAUGACACCAUGUUGUAUGGGCAAUAAUGCUGAUCAUACGAAUUUUUGAUAAUAAAACACGUUCCUAUUAAAUUAUCUGUUCAUUGUCGUAUUGUUAAGUCUUGUGAAGCGGGGCGUUUGGAAGAAAAGAAAAAGAAGAAAGAAAAAAGGAGACAAUGUUCUGAGGAUAAUAGACUAUGGGGUAGAAGAAGAUGCAAGGGAAGAGUUGAAAAUGGCCUCUUUGUAAGAUAAUAAGGAGACAUCCUACUUUGAAGAGAAAAAAAACAUAAUAAUAAAUAAUAAUACAAGAAGCAAGAAAAUAAAAUGGGAGGAUAGGAGAAAAAAUAAAAUAAAGAAGUCUUGUAAUUUUCUAUCAUGACGACAAGAAAAUUAGAGAAAAAAAAGGAACAUUGUUAAACGCGAAUCUAACGACGUGAGACUGUAUAUUUAACGUAAUAAUUUAUUUUCAGGGUAUCUAUCGAGAUAUUUUUUCAUUUGCCAUUGUAAAAAAAUUUUUGAAAAUCUACGCACUUUCUAAUAAGCUAAACUAUAGUAGGAAUGUAAAAUUAUAUAUAAAAAUUGUAAGAUGAUGAUAAUGAUAGUGAUAUGAUUAUCGUAAUGAUGAUUAAGAGAGAUGAAUUAUUAUUUUCGUCUUUUUCACGGGGGACCUCGAUCAUUUUUAGCUGGUAUUUUCAUCGUCGAGUUCGUAAGAAUACUGGGAACACUUUGUUCCAUGAAUAUUGUAAAUGACGAACGAAUAAUCUCGGUAUUUUUAUUAUCUGCCACAUGAUAAUGCCGGAAACAGAGGAUUGUAGUUAAAGAAGAACAAAAAAUUUUACUUUUAUCAUGUAACACGUUAUAGAUGAAGCGAAUUGUAUUCCGCGAUGCGCUCUUUUAAAAUUAAGUUUCAAUCUUUCGUUUUCCUUUGGCUUCGACUUCCGCGCGAGCUUUUCUUUUCAAGUCUGUCUAAUAUUGUGAGAAAAAUGAAUUUAAAUAUUUUUUAAUUCGAACAAUAUUGAAAGAAAAAAAAGAGAAUCAUUUACAAAACGAAGCUAAACAAUAAACGAUAAAAAUAGUAUGCGGUGGGUGAAGCCACUCCGAAGAAACUUAUAAAAUGCGUGUGUACAAAAUAACCAGGUGCGCACGCUCGAACACCGUUUUGUAUGAAAAAGAACAGUCGUAAAGGAAAAAAAGAUUGUCACUUUAGAUUAGUCUGCUGUCAAUAUAACUAGAAUUAUAAUUUUGAAUGUAAUAUGUAUCAUACUGAUUAUUGCCUAGAUAAGAAAACCGUACCGAUUAAAAAGUUAGCGCACGAUUAUAUCAGACUUUAGGUAUAAUAAUAAAUGAUGUCCACGGGACAUUUUCAUUUUUGAA